AUGGAUGGUCUGCUGGGGUUUCUGUUAGUCUAUACACUGGGUGGUAUCACGUUCAUUCCUCUCCUGAUCUGCGCUGUGCUGCUCCACGCCUACUUUACCUUCCCUAUCCAUGAAGACACUGCAUAUCGGGAACCCGACAACGAGUCUAUUGUCAGACCCGAGGAUGAUAUCGAUGCUAUCAAGAAGGCGCAGAAGACUCUUGGGGAGAAGUUCCAGUCGCGCAGAGAUCAUGAGGCGGAUGUAGCGGCUGGGUAUUUUGCUGUGUGUAGAGAAUAUACUCCCGGGGGCGUGAAUGGGAAACCACCGGAAAGGACGACGCCCGUGGGCUCUACGACUGUUUCUGCGCCGAGUCCAAGUGUCUAUCAGAGCAUGUACAGGAGCAUAUUUGAUAGGAAACAGAAUAAUAGUCCUUUGGAUAACAAGGGAGCUGGGAGACCACAGAGGAGGGGUGGCAAUGUAUUCUAUGUGGUUUUGAGGCACGGCCAUCUCAUGCUCUUUGACGACGAUGAGCAACUCGAAGUCAGACAUGUUGUGUCCUUAGCCCAUCACAAUGUCAGCAUAUACUCGGGCGGAGAAGAAACACCAGAAGGAGAGCUCUUUAUAAAGAGAAAUGCCCUCUGUCUCUCGAGAAGGACUGAUGCCGGGGAAAUUACGCCCGACGGCAAAGCUUCGAAACCGUUCUUUCUGUUUUCUGAGAAUUGCUCCGAGAAGGAGGACUUCUACUUCGCCAUGCUGAGGAAUCAAGAAAGAAAGCCUGAUGCAAAGAACAACCCGCCAAUACCUCUACAAUACGACGUCAAGGAUAUCAUAACGCUCGUACAAAAGCUGCAUUCCUCCGAAGAACAUUUGCAAACAAGGUGGAUCAAUGCUAUUAUAGGGAGGAUAUUCCUGGCCUUGUACAAAACAACGGAGAUUGAGAACUUCGUUCGAGCUAAAAUCACCAAGAAGAUAUCACGAGUCAAGACACCUUCAUUCCUCUCAAAAAUCGCUUUACGGCAAAUAGACCUGGGCGAAGCAGCACCAGUAAUUACGAAUCCUAGGCUGAAGGACCUUACGGUAGAUGGGGAGCUUGUGGUGGAGGCAGAUGUGAAGUAUUCGGGCAAUUUCAGACUCGAGGUAGCAGCAACAGCGCGUAUUGAACUUGGAUCACGCUUUAAGGCCAGAGAAGUCAACCUACUCUUGGCAGUUGUGCUCAAGAGACUUGAAGGGCAUGCUAUGAUAAGAGUCAAACCGCCGCCUUCGAAUCGAUUUUGGGUAUCAUUCUCAUCCAUGCCAAAGAUUGAUAUGACCAUAGAGCCAAUCGUCAGCUCCCGGCAAAUCACUUAUACAUUGAUACUGCGACAAAUUGAAAAUAGAAUCAAAGAGGUUAUUGCGGAGAGCUUGGUGUUUCCGAAUUGGGACGACUCUCCCUUUUACCACAGCGAAGAGAAGUUAUGGAGGGGUGGGGUAUGGGCUGACGAUAGGGUGGCUGAUCAUUUUCAAGAUGCUGGAACUGUAGCCGCUGAAGAGGGGAACGUGGAUGAGGCUGACCAUUUAGAACACGAGGAACCGAUCGAAGCUUUGCCACACAUUGAAAAGAGCAUGAGCAUGCCGGUUAUAGACGCUUCUGCGCCAGCCUCAAUACAACCACGGAAAGGUGCCAGAUCUGUUUUCAACCUUGGCACCUCAAAGUCUGGUGGAUCUUCUACAAGCAUCGAGACGCGAUCACCGGUUGUCGAUAAUCAGCCGAGAGCACUCAGGUCCGGUUCCUUUACAAGUGCCUCGUCACCCAUCGUCAGCACUGAUUCUACCAAUGUCGACGCUUUCAAACCUUCCACACCACCCGAGCAUAGCCAUGCAAGUUCCGCUAUGGCUGCUAUUUCAGCCAUAUCUCAGUCAAACUCACCCUCACAUACUCCAUUAGAUUCGCCCUCGAUAGCUUCAAGAGCUGAGAAAUUGGGCAGCCAGUCAUCGGCAUCUUCAAACGACUUAUUACACCCUGAUGCAGAGACAGAAACCGAUUUGACUCCCCGGCCAAGCGUCAAUGUCUCAGAAAUCAUUGAUGAGUCUCAGGCCAGCUCUUACCCACCAAGCCCAGCCAGCACCAGCCAAGCGUCGUCCAAGUCGGAAGCACCAUCAACUAGAUCUUUUGGAACUUCCAGUAAAGAUAGACGAGAAGAUUCUACUUCCACAUCCUCAUCAGGGAAAUCUUCAACUACCGAACCGAAUAACAAACGUAUUUCUCUGGCUGCUGUGGCUGGUACAGCGGCUGCUACAGCUAAAAAAUGGGGUUGGAACUUGCAAAGACAAGGGGGUCAGAAGCUAGACAGCACGGCAGAAGGCCCCGAGAAAUCUUCUCGUCCAUUGGUUAUGGGACGGGGACAGCCACUUCCACCGCCAGGGACACCAUUACCUCCCCCAGACAGGAAAACUAAAACUGCACCAAUCCCCGUGCCGAAGCGGAAGCCCUUAGCCGCACCCAACUUACCCGAGAGACAUAAGGACGAUGAGCAUGAAUCAAAUGGACAUAACAGCCACCGACACGCAGUCCCUCCACCUCCUUUGCCAAAACGGCGCAGCCGAGACGACACAAAAAAUGUGCAUGAACCGGGAGAUGAUGGACUACUUGUCGUUGAAGCUCCAGCUAAUGAUUCGGAACCGACCACGCCUAUGACCGAAGAUGCCCCGGUAUACAUGCCUCCUUGGGUAGAGGAUGCUGAUGAUGAAGAAGAGAAGGCUAGGCCGCUAUCUUCGGCAAGCAGCGCCAAGACGCCUCCUCGGUUGCCUAAGAGGAGACCACAACAUCGGGUUCUGUCCGGAAGUCCCGAGGAAGAUGGACAUAAGCUGCCGUCUUGGAUGGCUGCUCAGGAAGAGGAAGCGAGAGCCAAGAGCACUCUCGUUGACGAAGAUGCAGGCUUUCAGUGA